AUGGAAAUCCUGCUUGACGACGCCGCACCUGAAAUCACGUUCUUCUCCAAUGCCAAUGGGUGGAUAGACGACCAUAGAGCUGGCACUCAAUAUUCUGAUGUGUAUCUUUCAUCAUAUUCUCAAAAGACAUUUCACGCUACAUAUACCGAUGGAGAUUAUAUGGAAUAUCGAUUCAAUGGCACCGGUAUAGCUAUAAUGGGAUCUAAAAGGCAAAAUCACGGGGUCUACGGAGUCAAAAUCGAUGACGAGAGCGAGACGUUUUAUUCUAGUUUCUCGACGAAUCCAGUAUUUCAAACUGAGUUGUAUAGUCGCAAUAACCUUACGAUUGAUAAGGAGCAUAUCAUCCGCGUCACUAAUUAUCCAACUCGUACUGAUCCUCAGCCCAGUUCGACUGCGGAUUCAUGGUUAGAUAUUGAUCACCUGGUUAUAUCGCAUGACAUCUCUGGUCAGGUGUACACUACUACCCUGGAUGACAGUACACCCGUAAUAACGUACGAUGCAAGUUGGUCAAAGGAUACAGUAGACGCCAUGAAUUACAAUAGCACCAUACAUUUGACAGGACAAGCGGGUGCAAGUAUGAUUCUACCGUUCAAUGGUUUCUCGAUACAAGUGUUUUCUGGAAUCAACGUAGAUCAUGAUGGAUACUCUGUGAGCAUCGAUGGCGGUGCGGACCAUACGUUCAAUGGAAGUCAUUUUGAACGCUUAACUCAAGUCCCUCAUUAUACGGCUUCCGGGCUUAGUGAAGGACCUCAUACACUAAAGAUUACAAAUACUGGAAAGACUAGCAGUCCGAUAGUAGGUUUCGAUUAUGCCGUCGUCAACUCUACGGUUAACCCCAAUGGAUGGACUGGCGGAAGUGUCACAAGUCAACAGAUUAAACCAACAUUCACGUCGGCUGAUGGCGGUUCUGAACCUUCCGGAUCGAAGAGAACAAAUGUGGGAGCCAUCGCUGGAGGAGUCGUUGGCGGUGUAGUCGGUCUGACCAUAAUCGCUGUGCUAGCCUGGUGUGUAUUGUCAAGAAAGCCUAGACGUGUAUCUAGCAAAUCCAACAACCGACAUAAAUCAUACAUCGAUUUCCCUAGCGGAAGCACCAAUAGUAGAUCGAUGAGUGUAGUAGAAAGUAAGAUAAUUGGAUCAAGGAUGGUCUCUUCGACUUCAAGUAAAGAAGAUUCAUCUCCAACUCCCUCCUCGAUGUUUGGAUCACUCCGUGGAUUCUUCAAAAAGAAGUCAUAUGAAGAAGAAGGUAUCUCAACGACAAGGAGUAGCUCACCUCAAGGGUCAAUCGCGUACUUCUACACUCCCAACCCUAAUCGUGUCGUUAAACCACCUAGUUCAGCCAGUCUGACUAGUCCCCCCAGUACAGGACAAGGUGAUAGCUUCGACAAUCAGAUCUACACAAAUCCGCCAUCUUCGAGAAAUAGACCACCCAUCACCCAACAUGUCUCUCAUGGAAGUCGAUCAGGACACUCGAUCACUUCAAGAUCAUCGGCUUAUUCACAAGGUGGUGAAACGUAUCUGACCGAUAGGUUGGAUAAUAUCGCUAGUAGAGGACCAAUACCUCUUCCUUCGCCACCUUCUCAAGAAUCAAGCGAUUAUGAACAUAUGCCAUUACCUCCUCUUCCCGCUGCCACUACCGGUAUCCACAAUGCUUCAAGAUCGAGUACUCGGCCAGCACUAUAUCAUGCAGAUGCAAGUUCAUCUCUUUUACCAUCACUGUUGGUCCGUCAAUCCCUCGCUCCCUCGUUACCUACUAUUGAACAACACAAUACGUCUUCGACACACGUCUCACCUUCCAGUACGCCUCCCACAAGUCAGGGGUGGAGUCCUGAAACGCCUGGGGAUUACAAGAGGAGUAUACUAGGCUUGACAUUAGAUAGAAGAUCUCCUGUCGAAAGAAGUCAGUCAGUCGAGGGGAAUGACAGUUAUGAUCCGAAUGAUGCCAGAAGAAUCAACAUGACCCCGAGCGUAUUGGAUCUGGAGCCUCCCAUUCUGAGUCCACCGCCGGAAUACGGGCAUAUAAUGGCUGCUCAACAACAACAUGAGAGGCGGUAG